UGGGUCUAUCCUCGCUGGCUACGUCUCCCCUCCGCGCACAAAAACCCUAGCACGCAGGCCGCAGGCGCAGCCAGCCCUGCUCCCAAAGCUUCUGGAGAACACCUACCCGUCUUCCCUCCCUUGCCCCGCCGUCGCGUGCUCUUCGAAUCGAAUCGCGCCGCUGUCGCCUCACCUCAUGGCGGACAAGGAGCCCGUCGUGGAGCGACCCGAGGCGGCUGAGGAGGAGGACGCCUCGGCCGCCGCCGCCGCCGCGGGGGAGGAGGAGGACACGGGCGCCCAGGUGGCCCCCAUCGUGCGGCUCGAGGAGGUAGCCGUCACCACCGGCGAGGAGGACGAGGACGUCCUGCUCGACAUGAAGGCGAAGCUGUACCGUUUUGACAAAGACGGGAACCAAUGGAAGGAACGAGGCACGGGCACCGUCAAGCUUCUCAAGCACAAGGAGAGCAGCAAGGUCCGCCUAGUCAUGCGCCAGGCCAAGACGCUUAAGAUCUGCGCGAACCACCUCGUGGCCUCCACCACGAAAAUGCAGGAGCAUGCCGGCAGCGACAAGUCGUGCGUCUGGCACGCUGCCGAUUUUGCAGAUGGCGAACUUAAGGAGGAGAUGUUUGCCAUCCGGUUUGGUUCCGUAGAAAAUUGCAAGAAAUUCAAGGAGUUGAUUGAGGAGAUUGCUGAGUCACUUACAAAGAACGAAGGCAAGGAAGGUGAAGAUGGUUCUUCCACGGCUGAAUUGCUGGAGAAGCUCACUGUGAGCGAGGACAAAUCUGAGGGAAGUGGCAAGUCGGAGUCAACUGAUUCUGGCAAAGUGAACGAAACCAAAUCUGACGCAGCCCCAGCCGAGUAGUUGGUGUUGUUUCACGCAGAUCCACCCGGUGCCAAAUCUGUUUGUGUCCUUCCCAGUGGAAGUUUGGUGCCCGUUAGCCAUGAAAUAUGACUGCUCACAUUUGGGGGCGAGUUGGAGCAGUCUCAGGUGUUUGGAUUUGGUCUACUCUGGUUUGGUCCGGGCUUGAUUUUGUUAAAAACUUGGAGUCCAUCGGGGUUGUGGAACGUUUGGUAUGUGAGUCGCUAGUAUUUUAUUGCAUGGAUCGGUAUGGAUUGCGGUAAAUUCAUUCAUAUAAGGUGCAUCCUAUAUUUUUUUAAUUUGGUUCAAUACACAUACAUAUGUUGUAUUAA